GCUGGGAUUCUGCGCACUCUCUCACACUCUCUUCGAGCUUGAGCUUUGAGUAAGAUCGAUCUUGAUAUUAAGGAGCCCAUGAGUGCAAGAAAAGGGGGAGGCAACAGCUUCUUCGCAGGGAAUGCUGGUGGAAGUAGUAAGGGAAAAGGUAUUGAUCAGCUUAACCAUGACAUGGCGAAAGUCAGCAUGGAUCCUACACAGGAGGGUGAGUGGGAGGUAAAAGGGAAGAAAUCGAAAAAUCGUGGUGGUGCUCAAAAAAUGUCAGGAGGUCCAGCACCUGCUCCAAAUGCUUGGGGUGCAAAUGGUGGAUAUGGGAGAGCAUCUGGUAAUAAUUGGCCUCAGACUGGUAAUGUUGGAGCUGGUAGGGCUGCUGGAAAUAGUUGGGCUAAUGCCGGUAAUAAUAGCAGUCCAGCUAGGGGCCCUGGAAAUUGGGCUCAGGCUGUUGGAAGGCCAGCUGGCAGGGGAUACUCAAAACCCCAACCUGCACCGAGAACUUGGGAGUCUACUUAUAUGGCACCACCACCUCCCAAUGUGCCUCCACCUCUACAUAAUGGUUGGAACUGGGGAGCAAGAACUGGUGCCUCUGGUUCGCAAGUCAAGGAUGACGAGUCCUCUAACCAUCCUCAGGAUGGAUAUGAUUCUGAAUCUGAUAUGGCUCGUGAUGAACAUGAUGUUGUAUCUGAUGACGACGAGUUACUAGAAGACAGUGAUGAUGAUCUAAGUGAUGAGUAUGAUUCAGAUGUGAGUCAAAAGAGCCAUGAGACCCGAAAGAAUAAUAAGUGGUUUAAGGGAUUCUUUGAAGCUUUAGAUAAACUGACGAUUGAAGAAAUAAGUGAACCAACAAGGCAGUGGCAUUGCCCAGCAUGUCAGAAGGGUCCUGGGGCCAUUGACUGGUACAGAGGUCUCCAGCCUUUGAUGACGCAUGCCAAGACCAAAGGUGCUAAAAGAGCUCAGCUUCAUCGUGAGCUGGCUAAACUUUUAGAUGAAGAGCUUCGACGGAAAGGGACAUCUAUAAUACCUUCUGGGGAAGCAUUUGGUAAAUGGAGGGGCCUUCGUGAAACAACAACUGAUCAUGAGAUUGUUUGGCCCCCGAUGGUUGUUGUGAUGAACACAUUACUUGAAAUAGAUGAUAAUGAAAAGUGGAUUGGGAUGGGGAACCAAGAGCUUCUUGAAUAUUUCAGCACCUAUGCAGCAAAAAAGGCUCGUCAUUCCUAUGGCCCAAAUGGUCACCGUGGGAUGAGUAUCUUAAUGUUUGAGCCUACUGCAAUGGGCUAUCUGGAGGCUGAGCGUCUGCAUAAACAUUUCUCUGAACAGGGAACAGACAAAGAUGCAUGGGAACGUCGACGGGUUCUAUUCUAUCCAGGUGGAAAGCGACAGUUAUAUGGUUACUUGGCUAGCAAAGAAGAUAUGGAAGUUUUCAACCAUCAUUGUCACGGAAAAUCUAGGUUGAAGUAUGAACUGAAAUCAUACCUGGAAAUGGUUGUGAAUCCAAUGAAGCAAAUGAGUGAGGAUAACCAACAGCUAACCUAUCUUAAACACAAGGUCGUUAAGGAAGAAAGGCGUUCUAAGGUUCUUGAAGAAACUGUUGAUGUAGUGAGCCAGAAGCUGCGUGAGACCGUGGAAGAGAACAGGAUUGUGAGGCAGAGAACAAAAAUGCAGCAUGAGGAGAAUAAAGAACAGAUGGACUUCCUGGAGCAGUUCUCCAAGGAGCAACUGGCUAAAGUUCAGAAGGACAUUGAGGAGAAAGAGAGACAAUUUGAGGUUUUACUACAAGAGGAACGUGCUAAAGCGAAGCUGUCUGAUGUGAACUCGGGAUCCAGUGAAGAACGUGAACUCAGAAAAGAAAAAAUUCAGAGGUUCAUAGACAGCCAGGUGAAGGGCGUCGAAGAGUUUGAAAUAGAAAGAGAGAAGCUGAUGCUCGAACAUGAAGAGAAGAAGGUUGAGCUCAAGCGCAGGUAUCUGGGGGAGGAAGUUGAACUGGAGAAGGAAUUUGAUACUGCUCUCACUAAAUUGAUGAGCAAGUAUGCCCCUAGUUCCUUUGAGACUUCCACCAGGUCUUGAUUAACCUGACUUUAUGACCAAAUAUAGCGAAGCAAAGAGGAUACUAAUUUCCAGAGGAUACAGAGUAUGCUAGUAAAGUGAAAUAACUUUAAAGAACUUUAUUUAAUUUGUCGUCAUGGUAUCUGAGGAAAACCUUACAACAUUUCCAUGUUUAGCUUACAGUUUAAAAGUUUACAGAAAUAUGAACUGCUUGUUGCUUAGAGUUACUGAGUUUGAAGUGAUCUGUUGUUAUCAUGAGUAGUUCCUGAAAGUUUCGCGUCUCACUUUGCGUUACAUUGGUCGAUAGAAUGUAAUGUUAGUGUCGCUUUAUUA